AUGAGCACCUUUCCACCGACCACAACAAGCGCAACUCAAAAGAAGGAGCGCAAGUACGCGGAGCUUGCCAGCGCGCUCCAGAGGAUGUCCAAAACCAUGGCGCAAACGGCCGAUUUGUGCCAAGAGGUGCAGCUUGAUCUCCAUGCGAUGCGGGAUUUUGCUGGCAUCGAUGCCGCAAAGUAUGCGUCCUUCAUCCUGAAAUGA